UUCAGCCCUACCACUCUACCGACCUACCAUUCACUCAUUUCUAACCCCCAAACCGCGAUCAUGAAGCCAUCUCAACUCGCGGUCUUUCUUUCGACGGCGCUUUGUCAGCUUGCUGCCGCCAAGCCAUGUCCAAGGCGACCCGAGUCCGGCAUCUCUUCCGUCGUGAGCGGCACGCCCGUGGGCUUCGCAUCCGCAGUCACCGGCGGUGGCACCGCUGAGCCAGUGUACCCGAAGACGAUCGACGAGCUCACGGAGUACCUCACCUCCCCAGACCCCCAGGUCGUCGUGAUCUCCGGCGAGUACGACUUCAGAGGCUCAGAGGGCACAGAGAUGUACCCGGCCUGCAACCAAUACGCCUGCACCCCCGAGAAUGGCGGACAGGCGCUGCUCAACACCCUCAACGGCUGCAACAUGGAGACUUACGACGUCGAGGUCGAUAAGGCCGGAUACCAAGGUAUCAAUGUCGCCAAUAACAAGACCCUUGUGGGCAAGGACAAUGCGACGCUCAUCGGAAAGGGAUUGCGCUUCGUCGAUACCUCCAACAUCAUCGUUCAAAACCUCGCGAUUACAAACUUGAACCCCAAGUACGUGUGGGGCGGAGAUGCUGUCAGCUUCUCUGGUACCGAGAACAUCUGGGUCGAUCACGUUACAACUUCGAGCACAGGACGGCAACACUACGUGUUCGGACAUGACGCUAGCAAGGGAGUCACGAUCUCAAACAGCUUCAUUAACGGCGAGACAGCUCAGUCCUCUACCUGCAACAAUCAAACAUACUGGGCUAUGGAGCUUGUCGGUGCCGACGACCAGAUCACAUUCUACAGGAACCACGUCACCAAGACAUCAGGACGCACCCCAGCCUUGUCCGGAGGCACGCUCCUCCACGCUGUCAACAACGUCUGGUCCGACAACGGCGGCCAUCUCAUCGAGGGUGACUCGGACGGAGCCCGGGGUCUUUACGAAGGCAACUACAUGGAGAAUGUCCCGAAUGCGUUGGGCUCCGAUUUCGCCGGACAGCUGUUCAUACCCGAGGCAUCCGACGCAUCGCAAUGCGCUGCGGCCCUGGGCCGUGACUGUGUCCCCAACGAGCUGACCAAGUCGGGAGAGUUCAGCUCCUCUGACACGGGAGUGCUGUCCGAGUUCAAGGGCCAGUCCAUCCCCAAGGCUGAAGAGGCCGAGGCCAUCAAGGACACCGUCCCCACCGAGGCCGGAAACACUUUGUAA